UCCGAAAGAACACGGAGGGAGAGUGGAAGACAUAGCUGACUAGCUAGCGAGGUAGAAGGGGGGAAAUAUUCGCAAACACAGGCCGAAAAAACACCAAAAAUAUUAUUGAGGACAAAGCGGCAACGGAAUACCCUGUCAUCGAAACUAACAUUCUGUCUUGGAAAAGUAGAAAAUCGGAAUUGUAAAACCGUUUUUUCUUCCCGGGCUUUGUUUAUUUUAGUUUGUUGACUUGGUUAGCAAGAUAGCUAAUUUUGUGGCAGAAACUGACAGCGGCUGGAUAGCGACCCAACGAAGGAGUCGGUGGACUGAAACCGAGUUAAUGUUAACGAGCUGCCGAGCUAUCUAGCUACGUAUAAAAUAAUUUCGGUGAUAAAGCGGGCUCCCCCUUUCCCCUUCCCCUCCAGGGUUUUACCUUCCAACCCAGCUAGCUAGCAGGAACUCCCAUUUUGGGCUGUCCUGCUUUGCUGGUUUUGAAUUUGGGGGUAGCUAGCUAGCUAGCUAGUUGGCAAAAAUAAAGUCGUUUUAGAGCGAGCCACUUUGCGACUUCACAGAGGAAUUAACCAUCUUUGCAGCCCUAAAGGUGAGACGAGGUGAAGCGAAAAUGUCAGGCAAAGACCAGAACAAACAGUCCACGACCGAACGACUUAUUAAAGCGGUGCCCUUCCCGCCACACCAGCGGCUCUCCAUGAAGGAGCUGUUCGAGGACGGCAAGCCCAAGGUGGAGGUGCUGAAGAGCCACCUGGUGAAAGAGGGCCGCCUGGAGGAGGACGUGGCCCUGCGGAUCAUCAACGACGGAGCCAACAUCCUGCGCCAGGAGAAGUGCAUGCUGGAGGUGGAGGCGCCGAUCACAGUGUGCGGUGACGUCCAUGGCCAAUUCUUUGAUCUGAUGAAGCUAUUUGAAGUGGGGGGCUCACCCAACAACACGCGCUAUCUCUUCCUGGGGGACUACGUAGACCGAGGCUACUUCAGCAUUGAGUGCGUGCUUUACCUGUGGGCCCUCAAGAUCAACCACCCCACCACUCUCUUUCUCCUCAGAGGCAACCACGAGUGCCGGCAUCUCACAGAGUACUUCACCUUCAAACAGGAGUGUAAAAUCAAGUAUUCGGAGCGGGUGUACGACGCCUGCAUGGAGGCGUUCGACUGCCUCCCCCUCGCCGCCCUCCUCAACCAGCAGUUCCUGUGCGUGCACGGUGGCCUGUCGCCAGAGAUCAACUGCCUAGAUGACAUCAGGAAAUUAGACAGGUUCAAGGAGCCGCCAGCGUUCGGCCCCAUGUGCGACCUGCUGUGGUCAGACCCUGGGGAGGACUACGGAAGCGAGAAGACAGCAGAACACUUCAACCACAACUCCGUGAGGGGCUGCUCCUAUUUCUACAGUUACCCGGCGAUAUGUGACUUUUUGCUAAACAAUAACUUGUUGUCAGUAAUAAGAGCACAUGAAGCUCAGGAUGCAGGGUACCGAAUGUACAGGAAAAGCCAGACGACAGGUUUCCCCUCAUUAAUUACAAUCUUCUCAGCACCAAACUACCUAGACGUCUACAACAACAAAGCUGCUGUGUUGAAAUACGAGAACAACGUCAUGAACAUCCGACAGUUCAACUGCUCCCCCCACCCGUACUGGCUGCCCAACUUCAUGGACGUCUUCACGUGGUCCCUGCCCUUUGUAGGGGAGAAAGUGACAGAGAUGCUGGUAAACGUGCUGAACAUCUGCUCUGAUGACGAGCUCAUGUCCGAGGGAGACGACACAUGCGAAGGUGGCACCCCAGCUGUGCGGAAGGAGGUCAUCCGGAACAAGAUCCGCGCCAUUGGGAAGAUGGCCCGAGUCUUCUCUGUGCUCAGAGAGGAGAGCGAGAGCGUGCUGCAGCUGAAAGGACUGACCCCCACUGGGACGUUGCCCCUGGGAGUGCUGUCAGGCGGCCGGCAGACCCUGCAGAGCGCCACCAUAGAAGCAGAAGAGGCACGAGCCAUCCAAGGCUUCUCUCCCCAGCACAAGAUCCGGAGCUUCGAGGAGGCGCGUGGCCUGGACCGGAUAAACGAGCGCAUGCCCCCGCGCAAGGACGGCCAGCAGCCGGACGGAACCUCCCUCAACUCCCUCAACGCCACCAACUCCCCCGACAAGAACGGCACGGAUGCCCCGGCGCAGUAAUCCCCCCACCUCCCACAAUUCCCGCUUCCCCUCUCUUUCUCUCUCUCUCUCUCUUUUUCUCUCUC